AGGGAGCAGAUAGUAUCUGGCCGUGUCCCGGGCAGAAUCCCUCCUGGCACAAGAGUUUGCUGUGGAUGUGGCCAGUUGACACGGAGGCUUCACUCAGAACCAUUCUAACUCAGCCAGGCACAUAUUUUUCCAGGCUUGUGAGCAGAGGGGCAUUAACACUAUUCAGAGCCCGGCGUUUGAGACUGUAUGAUCUAAGAGAGAGUGAAUGGUGAUUAUAUAGCUUUUUGUUUGAAUGAGCCAGAGGGGAAGGGGGCAGCAGAAAAACACUUUAGAUCAUAACUGGAGAUGGAUCAGCGGGUAGCUGGGUAGUUAGCUGACAUAAGGUUUACGGAUGGGGAAUAAAUACAGGGCCACAGCAGAACGUGCAGCUGAUCUGCUAUCAUCUCAAGCUGCUUCGCUGAGACAAAAUGGAAAUUUCUAUCCAACAUCCCUGGCACCGCCGACUCUGGUUCCCAGGCAACUGCCCAUAUCGAAUUAAUGACCAGUAUUUCGGAGAGCACAUACCUUACAGUGAUCUUUUUUCACCUUUCAACACGUUUUACUAUCGACCUUAUUUCUGGCGGUUUCCAAACUGCUGGGACAGUGGCAUGUCAGAGAUGAGAAUGGAUAGAGAUCGGUUUGUAAUCAACCUGGAUGUGAAGCACUUCUCUCCAGAUGAACUGAUGGUCAAGAUCAAUGAUGAUUUUAUUGAGAUUCAUGGGAAACAUGAUGAACGACAGGACGAGCAUGGCAAUGUAGCAAGGGAGUUUUACAGGAAGUACAAGAUCCCGGCCGGUGUAGAUCCAGGUGCCAUCACUGCUUCUCUGUCCUCUGAUGGUGUGCUGACCAUCUGCACACCACGCCACCUGCUGGACAUCCCUGAGCGCAACAUCUCCAUCACCUGUGGAGAGAAGCCACCAGCGCAGAAGUAAACCUGUCCACAGCUGCACAUCUGCCUUUGUUCCAAAAAAAAAAAAACACCAUUAAAUCAUCUACUGUAUUAAGACCAUGUGCUUUAAUGUAACACAGUAGAGCCAAACAAAGUUAUAUAACCAGAAAUAAACCUGUCCGUUGUGAACAAUACAGUACCUUGCAAAACGCACGGUAAUUCAGUGUUUUAAGUCAGUGAACGCAAGCUAUCAUUGGAGUUGGGUUUGGUUUGAUAUAUUUCUGGCCUACAGUUGGACAUUGUAUGUAAUUAUGUGGCUGACUUGGAUUAUGUUUGUAACUUUGGUUUUGUGAGGAAGCAGUAUUGAUGUGGGAUGUUGUGCAGCACUGGCCUCUGUUUUUGACUUAAAUAAAUCCCCAGAUCAAAAUACUGAUAAA